UACCAUGGUAAGAAACCAAGGGAAAAUAGUUAAAACUAUUGUGGCCUAAUUCAGCCUGCGCCGUAGACGUGCUUCCACAAGUGGCCAUCUUCCGAGUUGCUGCAAGUGUGUCAAUAUUCUUCGGGCCAGUGGUUCGGAAGAUUCCCUUUCAAGUUCUUCAAACCUUCUAUCCUGAAAAAUACAUUUCCUCUGGUGGUUGAGUUUCCUCAUCAUGUGAGGUUAUGGUCAACGGGUCUGCACUGAUGACUGCCCUUGCUGACUGCUUACUGAAGAUUGAAGAUGGAGGAAGAACCAAAUUUGAAGGAACAAAUAUUCCACAAUACUGUGAGGGAGAACAUUAUUUUUAUGCUCUUGUUCCUAUUAUUGUAUUUGUCCAGCUACACUCUGAUUGGAAGAUUUCGUCGAAGAGACAGGGAAGAAUAUUUGUCUACCGAUGAAGAUGAAGCCAUGGUCUACCGAAUCAGCCUAUGGUUAUGUACAUUUUCCUUGGCUGUGUCAGUUGGUGCGGCAUUAUUAUUACCAAUUUCUAUUGCCAGCAAUGAAGUUCUUAUCAUAUAUCCAAAUAGCUAUUAUGUCAAAUGGCUUAACAGUUCCCUUAUACAAGGCUUGUGGAAUCAUGUUUUUCUCUUCUCUAAUUUGUCUUUGUUUGUUCUCUUACCAUUUGCAUAUCUCUUUACUGAGUCAGAGGGUUUUGCUGGAAGUAGAAAGGGACUGAUGGGCAGGGUGUAUGAAACCGUUGUAGUACUGUUUCUGCUUGGUAUUGUAGUACUAGGCCUUACUUACAUCAUUUCAGCCUUGCUUGACAAAGACAAAUCAAGUUUUCAAACUCUUCUGAAUUUAUGGAGUUACUACUUACCUUUCUUAUACUCAUGUGUAUCCUUCUUGGGUGUUCUGAUGUUGUUAAUCUGUACUCCCCUUGGAUUUGGGCGCCUCUUUGGUGUUGUGAGCCUAUUCUUGGUUAAACCUCAGUUCUUGAGGGAUCUUAAUGAAGAAUUCUCUGUAGCUAGGCUGGAAGAAGAGUGUUUAAGACGACGCCUGAAACAAGUAAAAGAAUCUAGCCAUCUGAACCUAUGUCCACCACCAAUGGUAAUGCCAAUGGAUAUAUCAGAUCCAGACAGUCAGUCAUCCAGAACUUUACAUAGGGAGAAAGAUUUAGUACAUCUGCUAGAGAAGAAGCUAAGUGCUUGUGAGGAGAAACGUAAACUUGUUGAUAAGCAAAGACGAACAUCUUGGCUUCAGAGGAACUUGGUGUAUCCUGUGGCCAUGUUAUUACUAAUUGCAUUGACAUGUAUCGCUGUUCUGAUGGUGGUACAGAACACCCUAGAACUGCUUAUUGGUAUGAAAGCCUUACCUCUGAGUACUCGACAAUUCACCCUCGGAAUAUCUUCCUUGUCCAUGCUCGGACCAUUUGGUGCAGCUCUGGAAAUAGUUCUGAUACUGUAUCUUUUUGUGACAUCAUCCAUUGGACUGUAUACCCUUCCAUUACUAUCCAGGGUAAGACCAAAGCUUCAACAAACAACCCUAACCCAUGUAAUAGCCAAUUGCUGCAUGCUUCUUGUCUUAAGUUCAGCCCUACCAGUCCUUUCAAGAAUAUUGGGAAUCACCAACUUUGAUCUGUUGGGUGAUUUUGGAAGAAUAGAAUGGCUUGGAAAUUUUAAUAUUGUCUUGUUAUACAACCUGGCUUUUGCAUCUGCUGCCACUUUGUGCCUCAUGAACAAAUUCACUAGUACAGUCAGGAAAGAGCUGUAUGCUAGAUUUCGUAGCUUUUUUGCCACUAUAUUUGAGGCUUCCACUACCAAGAAAGGUACCAAAGCAUCUAACUCACCAACUAAGGAAGAUUAAAUGAGCAUUCUGUUUGAAUGAUUUUAAAAAAACUAAGUUAUUUAUAAGUUCUUGGCUUUCUGUAGGAAUACGUAAUUUAUUUCUUAUUUUAUAAUCAUUUUUAUAGGUCUUUUAUUUCAAAUAAUUUCCAUAGCUGCUGUUUUUUUUUUGUUUUUUUUUUCUCUAUGUAAUGGGAGCUUUUUUCACUGCAAAGCAAGUAUGGUCUAGUCGUCAUGUUUCCUCCAUUGCAUACUCCCUUCUUAAAUUUGCCAAAACAAAAAAAAAAAGAAAACUGGAGCUUCUGUAUAUAUUUUGAGGGAAGUUAAUUAUUUUUCUUGUGAUUAUGAUCAGUCAGCUUGUUAUAAAUAUUAGUGAAGACCAGUUAUUUAGCCAUUUUCUCAAUUUGCUUGAUUAUUAUUAUGUAAUAUUAAUUUGACAAGUUAAAACAAGUCUUCCACUAGUAUUUCUGUGUUGUCGUUGCAAACUUGUGUAUGUAUAUUGGAAAGACAAUUAUUGGUACUGUAGUUUGCAGAAAUUCACCGCAGCUGUGAAGAAUAUUAUAUGAUGUAUUCAUGUAGCCUUUCUAACAUUGCCUGUCCCUCAAGGUGUUUUGUCAGCACAAAUUUAUGAGACUGAUUUUCAACUUGAAUGUGAAGAUUUAAUGUACAGCAAUAUCAGUAUAAGUCCUAUAUUUCACAAGUUGUUCUUUGUGACCAGUAUAUACUGAUAAUAUUGCUAGCCACUUGCUUAACUUUUAUGGUUUCUGAUUUGACUGUAGACUUAGUUAGUCACAAAGUGUUUAAAUGUUUCUUUUUUUAUGUUCAUAUGUGAAGACAAUGAAACCCUUAAUACAUUAAAUCUGUGAUAAAGAAGGUCAUAUCCUCAUAUCUGUACCACCAAGUUGUCUUAAUGUGUCAUGUUUAGAUUAUGUAAGCACCAUGCACUAGCACUUAACAUUCUGCUUAUGACAGGGACAUAUCUCAAGUCCAAAAGGAAUGUCUGUUUUUCUCUUCCUGACUCAUAUGAGAAAUCAGUUGUUGAAUGGCUCACUCUGUUCCCUACUCUAAGGCUGAAUUCGUCAGUCAGGAAGUAGGUAGAUUUUUUAGUUUAUCAGUCAAUGUGAUUCAAAUGGCUUCAUGUGUGAAACAAAGGAGGCUGUGUGGUAAUUGUGUAUUGAACCUAAGCAAGAUUUUCUGUGAUUCUAUGAUUGUAGGUACUUUGUUGUUUGAUACCACCAAAAACCUUUGACUUGUCCACUAGGUCUUUUCUUAUUUGUUAACAUGUUUUACCAAUAUUUAACAAAUCUCUGGCAAUAUUCAUGCUAUGUUUGUGAAAAGUUGUCAUUUCUUGUAUUUUGCUUGAAAGCACGUUUUAGUCAAUAUACUAUUUAUAUCCUGUGAGUUCUUUGUCAUUUGUGAAAGUGACUAAAUUUCAAUUACACUUAAUGUUGAUUUUGCUUCCUCUGUGUCUGGCUUUGUUACAUUUGUCUCAAUGAAUGCUUUCAGUAUUAACUCCUGGCUCACAUUUUCUAUCGCCGAUUUUCCUUGUCUAUAGUAAACUGCAAAGUCAGUAAAGCUUGUCUUAUAAGGAGUAUAGUAUCUAUCUAUGUUUCUUACUUCCAAUGUUUCACGGAAAUUUGAGAGCCUUUCUGAAACACUUCUGCUUAUCAAUAAUGGAGUGCAGUCUCUCUUGCAAUUGCUUUACAUCAAAGACUGUAUGUGAUUUUGAAUAAAUUUUACACAGAUCAAA